AUGGCCUCCAGCACUGGAAAUGAAAAGAGCGUGAACCCUGUGCUCAGAAUAAGUCAACUGGAUGCCCUUGAGCUGAACAAAGCCCUGGAGCAACUCGUGUGGACCCAGUUUAGCAGCUGCUUCAGUGGCUUUAAACCAGGAGUGCUGGCUCAUCUGGAGCCAGAAAUAAAAGCCUUUCUGUGGCUCAUACUGUGGAGAUUCACUGUGUAUUCCAAGAAUGCCACCGUGGGACAGGCUAUCCUGAACAUCCAGUACAAGAACAACUUCUCUCAGACAGAGAAGUACCAACCCCUGAGCAAGCAGCAGAAGCUGUGGUACCUCAUUUUCACCGUCGGUGGCAGAUGGCUGGAGGAAAGAUGUUAUGAUUUAUUCAGCAAUCGCCAGCUGCAGUCUCUCUGCAGAAUCAAGAGUGUGAUUGGGUUUGGAACUGGACUGGUUAAGCUGUGUGGCCUGCUCAACUUUCUGGUCUUCCUCCAGCAGGGAAAGUUUGCCACGCUGACGGAGCGCGUCCUGGGCAUCCGGGCGGUGUUUGGGCAGCCGCAGGGCAUGCGCCAGGUGGGCUUUGAUUACACGAACAGGGAGCUCCUGUGGCACGGCUUUGCUGAGUUCCUCAUCUACCUGCUGCCCUUUAUCAACCUACAGAAAAUCAGACUCAGGGUUUCUUCGUGGUGUUCGCCUGUCACAGGGCUGCCCAGCAGCGAGCAGGCAGCGGCAGCUCAGUGCAGGGAGUGCUCGCUGUGCGGGGAGUGGCCUUCCCUGCCUCACACCAUCGGCUGCUCCCAUAUCUUUUGUUACUACUGCAUUAAAAGUAACUAUUUGCAUGAUCUGGACUUCACAUGCCCCAAAUGUGGCUCGGAGGUGCACAGCCUGCAGCCACUCAAGUAUAAAAUUGAAAUGACAGAACUGCAUGCCUGAGAUGAGGGUGAUGCGAAGUGUGUGGAAAAGAUUAAUGUAAAAAAAAAAAAUCAGGAGUUACUGUAAACAGACAAUUUAAAGGUGGU